AUGAAGGGUCUGUUGAGCUCAGUGGUUCUGCUGGCAGCAGCAUGGACUCACGUGUCUGCCGAAGAGCAUGUCUUCCACUGGAAGACAGGGAUGGGUAAGGCCAACCCCGACACUCUGAAAGAGAGACCAGUGAUAACGUGCAAUGGCGAAUACCCUUGGCCGGCUGUGCGAGUCAAGCAAGGAGACAAGGUGUCUGUUCUCCUGGAAAACGGGUUUGAGAAGUGGAACACCUCCCUCCACUUCCACGGGAUGUUCCAAAACGGGACAAAUCAGAUGGACGGCCCAGAGAUGGUGACUCAGUGUCCUAUUCCGCCGGGCGGGUCGAUGUGGUACAACUUUACUGUUGAGGGCAACAAGGGGACCUUCUGGUACCACUCACACACCGCGGGCCAGUUCCAGGAUGGUAUGAAGGGUGUGUUUGUCAUAGAUGAGGCAAACAGCACGUUCGCGUACAAUUUUGACAAGGAAAUGACGCUGGAGCUAAGCGAGUGGUAUCACGACGUGGCUGUAGACAAGAUCCCGGAGUUCCUGCACCUGUACAACCCCACAGGCGCGGAACCCAUCCCCCAGAACCUAAUCAUCAACAACACGAGAAACCUAACAUGGAAGGUGGAGCCAGACACUACGUACCUGCUGCGUCUAGUGAACACCGGCGGCUUCGUGUCCCAGUACUUCUGGAUCGAGGAUCACGAAAUGGAGGUGGUCGAGGUGGACGGCGUGUACGUUGAGAAGAACGUUACCAACAUGCUGUACAUCACCAGUGCGCAGCGGUACUCCGUCCUGGUCCACACCAAGAAUGAGACGUCUCGCAACUUUGCCAUCAUGCAGAAGAUGGACGACACCAUGCUUGACGUGAUGCCCGAUGACCUGCAGCUGAACGCGACCUCCUACAUGAUCUACAACGACCAGUUGCCAAAUCCUGAGGAGCACAGGGUCGGCGAGCUCGAGUUCCUGGACGACAUCUAUCUGGUUCCGAUCGACGAGCAUCGUGUCCCGAUGCUGGAGGACGCCACCGCCAAGAUCGAGGUCACCGUGGACAUGGACAACCUGAUGGACGGUAGAAACUACGCCUUCUUCAACAACAUCACCUACACCGAGCCCAAGGUCCCCACCCUGAUGACCGUUCUCAGCGCCGGCGACAAGGCCACGAACCCUCUCGUCUACGGCACCAACACCAACGCACACGUCCUCGAGCACAACGACAUCGUGGAGAUCGUCAUCAACAACAAGGACACUGGCAGACACCCCUUCCAUCUCCACGGCCACGUGUUCCAAGUUGUCGCCAGAGGCCCCACCGCCGCGGAUCAGGACGACCUGGACGCCGCGGACCCCAUCGAGUACCCCGGCGAGGACGAGGGUCGCGAGUACCCGAUGACCCGUGACACCGUCUACGUAAACGGCAAGUCCUACGUCGUCCUGCGCUUCAAGGCAGACAACCCCGGCGUCUGGUUCUUCCACUGCCACCUCGAGUGGCACAUGAUCCAGGGCCUCUCCCUCACCAUCAUCGAGGCGCCGCUGGAGAUCCAGCGCACCGCCUCCCAGAAACUCACCGACAGCACCAUCGGCGCUUGUCAGGCCGCCCACGUGCCCCACAUUGGCAACGCCGCCGCCCACACCGAGGACCUGCUUGACCUCUCGGGCCAGAACGUCCAGCAGAAGAGCAUCCCCGAGGGCUUCACCCCCAAGGGCAUCGUCGCCAUGUUCUUCUCCUGUCUCGCCGCCGUCCUGGGUCUGAUCACCAUCGCUGUCUACGGCCUAAUGGACAUGAAGGACGCCGAGGGACGUGUAAUUGAAGACUUGGGUGUCGAUCCCGUCGUGCUUUCCAAGGGCUCCCUCGCUGACGAGGGCAGCGUCAGCACGUCGUCAGACGUCAAAAAAUAG